ACCACAAAAUGUGCCAUGCUAUAGAAAAAAAUAAAAAAGAACAUCAAAACAAACUCGUAAACUCGCAUUGAAGAAUAUAUUUAAAAAUAAAUAUCCGAUAUCCCAAACAGUUGGUUUCCUUUUAAAAUAAGCAAAAAUGUCCAAGAUAGGAGCUGUGUGGUCGAGAGAAAAAAUCAAUCAACUUAUUGAGCUAUACAAGAAGAAUGAAUGCCUGUGGAAUCACUGGCACGAGUCUUACAAGAAUAAGGAGAAACGAAAUCGCGCUAUUAAGGAGAUUUGCAUAGCUUUGCGUAUAACCAAAUUCGAUUUUGGUAAGAAAAUUCACAAUCUACGAAAUCAGUUCAAUACCGAAAUGAAGAAGUGGGAACAAAGGAUGGAAGAAGCGGGCGGAGUGCCAGACAAUGUGGACGGAAAUACAGCAAUACGCUGCAAAUGGAUUCACUUUGAGUCACUAAUGUUUUUGCGCAAUGUUAUUGAACCAAGGCCGGGGGGAUAUCAGAGCACAGCUUUGCACCAACCACCUAAGAAAAUGCGUUUGAAAUUCGACUAUAACAGCGCUGAAGAUGAUGUUAACAUCACCAUGCUAUCAGCUCCCAAUGCUAGCAGUAAUGAAGAUAUUUCUUCGAAUUAUCAGUACGAGGAGCAAACUGAGGAAACAUCGCCGGCCGAAGUGUGCCAAAAUUUUGAAAAUGAAUUAAACGCGGUGGUUAACGACCAAGCCAUGCCUCGCGAAGAUAGCCUAGAUCAAAAAUAUAUACCUCCUCCGGUUCAACAGAUGCAACAGCAACAACUGCAAAUGCCAACCAAUAAAAGCUACAGCCAAAAGAAGGCAACGUUAUCUGCCGCAAAUAAUUCAAUACACAUAUCACCUGGUUAUGCGGAAAUAGUAAACCUUAGCAGCCAUGAUAACGCAGCCGCCAUAGAAAUAAAUGCACAUGAUAUGGCUGUGGUCACCAGCCACAAUCAAGCAUUAAUGCCUUCUUCCACUACCUCCACCUCAUCAGUUCCAACGUCUACUGCUGCAGCAAGCGUGAUAGAAACCCCAGUUAUUGCAUCUGUAGUCUGUGGUAGUUCAAAUGUAUCGACAUCGUUGUCACAGUCUCCAUUAGCACCACGUGAUCAAUGGGACUCUUUUGGAGAAUUGGUGGCAACAGAAUUGAGAAAUUUAAAUUCGGAUUUGUCACGCAAAAAGUUAAAGCGCAAAAUCAUGCAAGCCAUGUUAGAAGUGGGUGAACAAGAUGAUGCUUUGUAAUUCCCAACGGUAGUGUUUGUCUUUAUAGUUUAAAAAUAAAAAAAAAAACAUUUUUUAUUGAACAAGAAAAUGGUUUCCCACCCCAGA